UUCGGAGCUAGGUUUCACUAUUACUACCAGCAGCGAAAAAGUACCGCUUCUCAUUAAAUUGAAUUUAUUCUUUUGCACCGCCUACUUUUGUCGUAAUUGCAUUCUUUUGAUUAUGUUUUGUGUUCAUGACAUUUAUGGGUAAUUUUGAAGGUCCGCCAGUCCGCGAAAUUUGUUUUGAAAUUUUACCGGUCCGCGAACUGAAAAAGGUUGAGAACUACUGCGCCAGAGUCUAAUAAUUUAUCUCCUCUAGGUGGUGUCUAAGAGUUUACGAUCAAAUUUAUUUCAUUUCUAUCUUUGUUUAAUGAUAAUAUCUAAAUACUCGUAUACCGAUCUCAAAAUUAUAUAACAUAUCUUCUCAUUUAUCUUAUAUGCGUAUCCACCUAGCCAUCGGUAGACGAUAUGACGUAAUAUCUUUCACAUAUUUGAACGUAACAAGGUUUGCAGGUUACAUCACUUGCUUUGUUUUCAAUUGGCAUUUUUGAGACAGCUUAGUCAAAUGCUGAUAUGCGUAUUAUUCGUAAGAUCGAUGUUAAAAAUGUUUCCAAUAAAAAUAUAUUUGAAUAGCUCAUCCGCAUAACGCCAUUUUUGAACCCUAUUUGUAUAUGAAUUUGAUCUUUAACAGAAAAAAGAUGAGACCGAUGACGAUUUACUGACAAAAACAAGGUGACAGCGAUAAAAUAAGUGGGUAUGGCGAGAUUCGGCUUAAAAAAUGUUUAAUAUGUGAAUUUGUAAUAUUGGUUCAACCAUGGCCUCUCCCAAUAAGUUUAAGUCUAAGCGAGAUACAAAAUAAGAUAAUAAAUUCAAUACAAGUAGACCAGCUUCAUCUCCAAAAACAACCUGUGCAUGGUACAAGGCAGUGCAAGAGCAUGACUAUUUCGUGAUUGCUUUGUUUACUUCAAGCAGGCGACGCUGAACUUUGAAUUCUUGAAUACAAUUUCAACAAUGACUUUUGUAAUUUUUCACAGUGCGUACGAUUACGAGAACCGUUCAAAUGAUGAAACCUUAAUCGCAAAAAUGAAGAUUAUUUUAGUGUUAUAUUUUUUCCUUUUUCUACAAUUAACUAGCUGUCACAUGCCAACAGUGUAUGAAUUUUGCUCGCAUGUUGUAGCAAAUGGGGACACGAGUCAGCUGACUUGUGAUUCCAGUCAAUGUCAAGGCAGACCUGGUAAACGCGGAUCACAGGGACCAAGAGGAUUAACAGGAGUAAAAGGUCAAAAAGGCGAACAAGGAACUGCUGAAAAUCUGGAAGAAAAAAUUAGAGAACUUGAAAGUUCGCUUGCAAAGACAAGUCGGAUUAUUGAGGCUUUACCAAAGAGUGCAUAUUGUUUUAUGGGAAUGAGAAGCAGAGAUAUACCAGACUCAGCUAUUACAGCUUCAUCGAUAUACGACGUACAUCAUAAUGCGUAUGACGGAAGGCUUGAUAACAGAAAAAAAAACAGGAGAUGUAGCAGCAUGGGCGGUCCGGCAGAAUCGAAAGGGCGAAUGGCUUCAAGUAGACUUCGGAAGGCCGGAACUAGUUGGUGGAAUAAUUACACAGGGAAGAGAGAGUAUAAGUCAAUGGGUGACGUCUUUCACAAUUUCCUGUGGUCUUAGCACUAGUACUCUGGCUACCGUCCAAGAGAAUGGGGCACAAAAGAUAUUUGCAGGUAACUCUGACAGAGACACCAAAAAGAUCAACAUGUUUCCAAAACCAAUAACUUGUCGAUAUAUUCGGGUUUACCCUCAAACAUGGCAGGUUCACAUCAAUAUGAGGGUCGAAUUUAUCAAGGGAAUGUGCUAUGAUUUGUACAUAUAAAGUGGAGAUAACAAUUAGCUAUUAUUUGUUGAAGUUGUUAUUACUUCAUUCGACGAAAUAUAUUCAUUCCUAAUAUUAUUACAAACCAUUCUUCUUAUUAUCAGAAUCUAUAAAUGAUUGAUACUCUGAUUCAAGCUCCUUUUAUUGACGAUUAUAAAUUUACCUCUAUUGAUUCAAUAUUUAUUUAUUAUUUAAAUCCCUUAAGAUUUAUUCCCAUCUUUGUGAUCGAAAAAAACUUUGGUUAUCCCGAAUGGAACAUUACAACCCACAUUGUCUAUAUUAAAAAUUUAUUUUUGUAAAUCCUAUAUUGUUAAUAUUAAAGCUCUUAUUAUAUUCGGGUUUGGAGAUAUUCAUAUGUAUUUUUAUCUGUGACAAGACAAAAGUGUACUAUAUUUUAUCUAACAAAUAUUUUUAAUUUAGCCUUCCCAGAAUGCAAAAGAUUGAAAAGAUCAAAAUGAUAUUGGUUUUAAAAUAUAUGUUGGUUGAUUAUAA